UUUGGUAGCGGGCCGACGACCGCUGACGUUAUUUUCGAUCAACCCGCCACUAUAACUAAAAUCAAGCGACAAAAAUGGUUAUGCGUAGUGCUCCCACCCGCGUCUGGGGCCAUGGCCCAUUCAUGAGCCACAACACCCAGCGGCCUCCAAGUCGCAUUGCAGUCCAGGUGGCUCAAGGAAACAUCUACGGUGUUCGCGAUGAGCUACCGAAUGGAGAACAUUAUUAUUACUUCAAGGGUAUUCCCUACGCUAAACCUCCAGUGGGUAAUCUUCGUUUCCGUUCCCCUGUUCCGAUUGAGAAGUACUCGGUCAGUUACCUGGAUUGCACCAAGGAAGGUAAAAAUUGCAUGGGAAUGGAUAUCUUCACAAAGGAAAUCACCGGUCACGAGGAGGGUUUGUUCUUGAACAUUUACACUCCGAAGAUGCCUCCGAAGAACCAGCCGGAACCAAACAAACUUCCGGUGCUAGUGUUUAUCCAUGGUGGAGGACUGAUUGGAGGUCAUGGCGAUAGUUCCAUGUAUCUGCCGAACUAUAUGAUCCAGGAAAAUAUGUUGGUUGUGACCGUCAACUAUCGUUUGGGAGUGCUAGGGUUCUUGUGCCUUCCGGAAGCGGGAAUCGAAGGAAAUGCUGGGCUCAAGGAUCAGCGCCUAGCACUUCAAUGGGUUCAUCAAAACAUUGAAAAGUUUUCGGGUGAUCCCGACAACGUAACACUUUUCGGUGCCAGCGCUGGAGCAAUUGCCGUUCACUAUCACUGCCUUUCGAAAGAAUCGAAAAAGUACUUCCACAAGGCUAUCCUCACUAGUGGAUCCGCUUUUAUGGACUACGCUCAUCAGGAAGCCCCGGAAGAGAAAGCGCGACAGCUAGCUAGAUUGCUUGGCCAUAAUCCAAAAUCGGACGAAGAAGUUCUGCAGGUUCUGACCAAUGCUCCUGCCAAGAAACUGUUCGAGUUGCAACUGAAAGUAUUCUCCAAACGGGAGGAAUCCGUUGAAAAGCUGUUCCAACUACCCUUCCUACCGGUUAUCGAGCAAGAGCAAUCCCCGGAUCCCAUCAUUACUAAACACCCUAUGGAAAUUAUGUGCGAACCAGACGGCAUGGGAAUCCCAAUGAUAACAGGGUACAACGAUCGAGAAGGAAUGAUCGUGCUGAACGAUGCCGUCAAACAGUUACCCAGCUACAACGAAGAACCCGAACGAUUCAUCCCUCGAACACUGAACAUCGACUACGAAAGUCCCGAAGCCGGGCAAGUCGGAAAAGCGAUCAAACAUUUCUACUUCAAGGAUAAGCCGGUCGGCCACGAAACGAUCACUCACCUCGUUGAUGUUUUCUCCGACAAAUACCUGAUCCUCUCCAUCCCAAUCAUGAACGAACUGUGGGCCCGCUUUCAACGAAACCACAAACUCUUCAUCUAUCGAUUCUCCUUCGACGGAUUACUCAACAAGGGUAAAACCCUCGUUCCGUAUUCGUCCCUGAAAGGAGCAUCCCACAUCGACGAAGUUUACUAUCUAUUCAGCGCACCGAUCCUCAAAACCGAGAUCCCCAAAUCAAGCGAAUCGUUUGCGAUGCGGCAGAAGAUGGUACGAAUGUGGGCUAACUUUGCCCGCCAAGGUCACCCGACGGAAAAUGACGAAGAGCUCGCCUUGAAUUGGGAACCGGUUCAGAACAUUCCGGUCGAUUCUAAAGAAUCCAGGAUUGAUGUACUGGAUAUUGGGGAUGAUAUCCGGAUGAUGCCGAUUCCGGAACGGGCUCGAAUGGACUUCUGGAUGGAGCUUUUUGCGAAAUACAACGGACACGCGGCAAACACGGCGGUUCCCAGGAAGCCGUUUCAGGGGAAAAAGAGUUUGGUUUGAAACUGAAAUAGAUUUUUAAAUACAUAAAAAUCCUGAAUAAAAUAUGACGAUAUCACGUAUUGAUUUCUUUA